AUGGGAAAGAUCACCUUCUAUGAGGACAGAAACUUCCAGGGGCGCUCCUAUGAGUGCACUGGGGAGUGCUCCGACCUCCACUCCCACUUCAGACGCUGCAACUCCAUCAGAGUGGACAGCGGGGACUGGAUGGUCUACGAAAGACCCGGCUUCUCCGGUUACCAAUACUUCCUGAGGAAGGGGGAAUAUCCAGACUACCAGAAAUGGAUGGGCUUCAACGACUGUUUGCGAUCCUGUCGCAUGAUUCCAAAGCUUCAAGGUUCCCACAAAAUGUUGCUCUACGAACGUCCGGAGUUCCGCGGGCAGAUGAUGGAACUGGCGGAGGACCGCGCCUCGCUUCAGGAGCGAGUGCACUUCCACGACAUUUACUCCUGCAACGUGCUGGACGGCAACUGGAUCUUCUAUGAGCACCCCAACUACAGAGGGCGCCAGUACCUGGUGCGCCCCGGGGAGUACAAGAGGUUUAAUGACUGGGGCAGCAUGAGUCCACGGGUUGGCUCCAUCCGUCGCAUCACCAUGUAG